UCUCUAUCUCUUCCCUUCGUUCUAUGACGACCUAGCGACGAUCAGUUCCUUCUAUUCCGCCUCGCCCUCUGACGCCCUCUCUCCCUUGUCUAACUCUCGGCGUUUCGUCACCACCUUUGGUGGGCAAGCUCGCACAUCGCCCGUACCUCGGCGUCCAUGCUGCUCACCUCCCCCAGCUCCCCCUCACCUCUUCGCCUCGGGCACUUCCUCCGCAUUCGCCUACAGCCAACCGCUCAGAGUUGAGGCUGCGCUUGCAAUGGCUGAGUUGUUGAUACUUCAUUUAUUUGAGGAGUGUACGGUCGGGUUGGGGAAGUGGAUGUUGCGGAAGGCGCUUUUUGGGCGGGAGGCAUGGCUUGGCGAGGAGGGUUACUCGAGAUCUGUCGGACGUCUUGAAGAAUAUCUGCCCACAGACAGUCUUCCUCGUGUCCCAUGGACGGGUCGUCUCUUCUGGCGAGAGUCAGCCGAUGCCAAUGUAUCCUCCACCUCCCUUGCGUCCCUCACCUUCCAUGUCUCCUUUGUGCGACGCGGGUGCUUAUGGGCUGGGGCGUCUGUAGACGGACAACGUUCGCAGAUUCCACCGGGGAGUAUCGGCGUUAAAGGGAGCAUUCAGGCGAAGCAUUUUCGAAGGCGUUCUGCGGCUCAGUUCCAAGGUUCGCAGGGUAAGAAGGUGUUUACCGCUGGGCCGCGAGGCCUCUGGUGUUUCCUCCAGAGAUUGUUGCCGCCAAACACCGAGACUCUCCCUGUGGGUCGGCCGGUUCGCAGUCUUCCAUCGUCACUUCCAAAUUGGGAUCUCAGCUCCAGACUUCAGAUUGUGACCAGAAAGUGGGGCGUACCCACCAUUUGCUGUCACCGUACGACUCCGCCACUUCUAUCUGAAGCUGGUUCUGCUCCUUCUGCAGCUCUCCCAGUCCUCAGUAAGUAUUGCGAUACUUUCUUUUCGCUUCCGGUGACUGCAACACCUGUUUUCUGUCCUUCGCAAACGCUCCGGCCAUUUGCGACUCUUCUUCCUCUCGAAACUCACUUCGUACUUUGCGACAGCUGUCUAUUGCUGUUCGAGUCGCUUUCCUUGAAUCGGUCCUAUACUGCUUGCGGAGUCCUCAAAUUCAACUUCUCUCACAACUAUUCGGCCCCUGUCGACUCCUACGGUUGUUACCGGCGUGCGCGCGUACUUCAGAUCUCGCCUACAAUGGCUUCAUCGUCUGCCGCUCUGCCGCCACUCGGCUGGGCCCACAGCACUGCCCUCCAUCAACUUACCUGGGUUCCCGAGCUAGCCGCGCCUGAUUACGUGGACCCGUACCCGGCGAACGGCGUCCUGCUAAUGGCCGACUGCUGGAACACGACUGCUUCUGGCUUCAUGGAAGUCCGCACGAGCCUCCGCAUCAUCGUGGGCAAAGACAACUCCAACCAGGCUAGUAACCAGCAACCAUGUAAGUGGGUUGGCAUCUACACCAUCACCACUACAACCGUCGCACCCGUCUACGUAGCGAUGUCGCAAGUAGGCUACCAAGUUCCAGCAAUUGUCACUCAGCCGGUGACCCAUGCAAAGGCAGAGAUGCCCUGGACCACCUCCGUGCAACAGCAUUGGCCAGCGAUCAGAAACUUUGACUUCGUCCGACCUUCGCGAGAGCAUGCCCUCAUACCUGCACAACAUCGCUGCUUCAACGGUGUCCGCACUCGUCGCGACCACCCCGACCUACAGACCGCCGCCAUCAGCUACAUUGCUUGGACCCCGGACGAGGAUGGCACCGACGACGCGCUCGAGAACCACCCCCAAAGCCAAGGCCUCGAUGACGAGAGCUACCGGACCUGGCUCUGCAACAUCUCUUUUAUGGUAUCAGCCAUCAUGACUGAAGUAGAAGGGUGGGCUGCCAGUGUGGGCUCUCUUGUUCAAGGCAGUUCCCCGGAUGCGAUUGCGUUGACGGCUGCGGACCAGGAUGCCAAUGCCUGCGUUACCAACACGAAUGUGUCUCGGAGUUAUGCUGUUGCAACAAGUGCAACAAUGGGUACAAAGAAAGCGAUACAGCCAAGUGCAGUAUACGUCCUUCUAAUAUACCAAACGCCGGCAAAGGCUAAUACAUUGGACAGCGUGGUCGAUAAUAAUAUUUCGAUAAUAUCGACCCAAUUUGUCGAUAUCGAUAAAUAUCGAUACAGAGGUCUCGAUAAUCGAUAUUAUCGAUAUUUCUUGGCAUGCUUAUGUAAUAUACAAAUUUCUCGCUAUGUUCAGCAGAGUUCCCUUCUGCAUGAAUCACGUGGUCAAUUACGCGAGAGAGUGCUCCAUCUGUGCUUAACCACUCUUCUACGUCAAUACAUUCGCUAUAUAUACACCUCCUCAGCCAGAUAUAUUUGCAGGAGGGCUGAAGAGCUGAUUUGUCGAUAUCGAUAUCGAUAUCGAUAUGGAUUAUUAUCGACCACCCUGACAUUGGAACUCUCCACCACGAUGCUGAAUACCUUGUGGGUCUCUGGGCUUUCGAUAUUUGAGAUGGGUGGUGCAACAACCUUUGACCAUCCUCGACUACCGAUGGGUGUGGAUACGCCUCAUGUGGUCAAAGAUGAGUGUCAAAUUCGCUGGAGAUCGCCAGAUUUUAAGUACGGUGAAGUGGAGUUUGCGCGGCUUACGGUCUAUGGGUUUUUGCGUCUGUCAAUUUUAUCGGAUUGCACCAUGGCACAUUGGGAUUGUUACGAAGAGAGGGCUCCAGAAGGGAAGGCUUCAUUUGGCAUACUCUUGGCUAAAUGGGUCGGUAGCAUCUAUAAACGGCCGGGUUACUUUGAAUUCUACCACGACGAACUUCCACCAGAACCAAUCAAGGCAGGGCUAGGCAGACCAGACUUACCGCUGAACUCAAAUUGGUUCUAUAACGGUAGAUAUGAAAAGAUUUAUAUUGAGUAG